AUGUUAAAUUGUGGACUUUCUUAUAUUGGACGUGUAACACCUGCAAAUCCAAUAUAUUUGUCUUUUCAAUGUCAAGAUCCAAUUGGUGUAGCUGCUCACGAAACAAUGCAUGCAUUAGGUGCUAAUCACGAACAUUUAAGAAGUGAUCGUGAUGAAUAUAUAAAUAUUCAAUGGGAAAAUAUAAAUCCCCAAUUUUAUGAUUUUUUUGCAAUUGCAGAUCCAAGCAAAUUUACUCCUUUUGGUGUAAUUUACUCUUUUGAUUCAAUAAUGCAUUACGGGGCAUCUACAGCUUCUUUAAAUCAAAAACCAACAAUGGUACCCAAAAUUGAUCCACAAAUAAAUACUCCAAAAAUGGGGCAAAGACAAAGACUCUCUGUACAAGAUAUUGAAUUGUUGAAUAAAAUGUAUUGCAAACAAUCAGAUUGUUUUGACACAUCAGUUUAUUGUGGAGUUUGGGCUCUUAGAGGAUUUUGCUCAGUUUAUCCACAAUAUGGUUGGAUGCAACAAAAUUGUUUAAAAUCUUGCAAUAAUUGUUAA